AUAACUUCGCAUGUUAUGUUUUCAAUCAAAAACAACUUGAAAGCUUACGACUAACCUCAAGUGGAAGGAUGAUGUUAUCGUCGAUGUCGAUACGUCUUCGGAAUCUUCAUGUCUUCAGGGUAAUACUUGUAUUUCUCAAAAUUUCUAAACUUCCUAGUCUAACCUAACGAAGUUAACUCUAGUAAUCUAAUCAAGCGACUUAUGAAUUUUGAUAUUAAAAAUAUGACAACCAACCUUGACAUACCAAUGCUUGGUGGGUUCAACCGAGCAAUGAUCUAACAACACAUACACUUGGGAAUCAGGGUUCGAAAAGUAUGAUUCAUCUACUUCAAAAGAUUACCACUUCUGAAAAAAUCUUGAACCAUUUGAACCACUUCAUCUUUGACAAUAUCCCAAUAGUUUUGAUUAAAUUCAGCCUGAAAUCCAUUUGGGACGGGAGCAGCCCAAGCCCUUAUUUGGAAAACUGCUUUCUUUACAUCUUUGACAAUAUCCCAAUAGUUUUGAUUAAAUUCAGCCUGAAAUCCAUCUGGGACGGGAGCAGCCCAAGCCCUUAUUUGGAAAACUGCUUUCUUUACAUCUUCAGCUGUAGGUAUCCUAGUUAACACUGCAUUAUCUUCUUAUGUUAUGCAAGUAGUAAUCAGAUCCAGAAUAUUAUUAUCCUCUGAAGGAUUUGAAGAAGUACUUAUUCCACUAAAAUGAUCCUUCAGAAGUGCAGAGAUAACAUCCCUUGAACUGUGCAAGUUUCCAUCUUUGUCCUUUAAGGAAUCAAAUUGAUUUUUUAUUCUUCUUAUGUAGUUUUCUUUUGAGUGGAAGUAGUAUUCUUGUCUUGAUGAUUGAGAAUCUUCUAUUCUUGUCUUGAUGAUUGAGAAUCUUCUAUCUUGAUUGUUGAUAGACACUUUUACUUUUAAAUUCAUAUCAUUGUUUUAGUUGGUAUUGUAAACUUUGAACUUGAACUCGAUUUGUUUGAUGUUGUUGUUGAUCCUGCGUCAGUUGCUUCUGAAUUUGUUGAAUAACUUGUUUUCCGUGUCCCUAACAUAAUUGGCCCUAUCCUUGCAUUUUUCUUCAUCAUGAUUCAUUGUGAAGCAUUCUGGACACAGCUGAUGUGGUUGCUUGGCGUAAUAAAAAGGUAUCCAUUGGCCCUAUCCUUGCAUUCUUCUGAGCCAAAAUACUUUUAAGGAGUGACUUAUGUAUAUGAAUCUCAAUUCUUGCAUAUACAUCAUCUGAAUCAAUUGGAUUAGCAUCCUCAUGAUCAAGCUCAAAAACACAUCCUAUGGUUCUGCCAAUUUCAGUUGCUACUUCUUCAUUCAAAAACUCUGGAGGUAAUUCUUUUAAAGCAACCCAAAACUGUUGAAUAUUGAAUUCCAUUCUCUCUUUUCUUUAUAUGGAUUCCAUGGUUUCAAAAUCCAAAGAUAACGCCAUGGUGCUUCAGAUAGAACCCAUUUCAACUCAUCCCACGAUACAAAUCUUACAAUGAAUAUAUUUUUUCCAGCUUUUAUGAUUUGAAAUGAAGAGAUAUUCCUUCCCCUCAUAAAUUUGGCAUGGCCUUCAGCAGCUUUCCUUCUCAUAUUCUCAUCAUAUAUAAAUUUCCCUAUGAGACAUUUGUCCCAUUUUUGCACACACAAUUGAUGAUCAAUUUGAGCAGCAUUUAUAACUGAAGUUAUUUCCUCAUUGGAAUCAAUGGAAGCUGAAUCUAGUUGAUUUGUUAAAUCAUUGAUUGAUGGGUUUUCCAUAUGGAUAAGCAGUAACGAAAGAAGAAAUAUGAUGAGAGGUGGUUUGAGAAGAAACUAUUGAGAGAAUUGCAAAUUUUAGGCAGUAUAACAUGCAAAUUCCAGGUGGAAAAUGCAAGGAAAGCAGCAAAAGUAGCUGCGAUAGGAACGCUGUUGGAGCACUUCAUUUGGGCGGAACUGCCUGGAGAUAUUCAAAGAGUCCUCACGGUGCCGUCUUAGCUAUGGGUCUUGGAGCUGUGGUUGGUUACACAGUUGGAAAAGAAGUUGCAUCCCAUUAUUAUCAACUCUAUCGGGAUGAUGCUAUGGAUUCUCAGGUCAAGUUUUUGGAGUGGAUUGUACCUGUUGUGGAUGUAAUUGUGAUCUCUAGAUGGUUUGUGGAUUGUACCUGCAGUUCAGAUUGCAAGUGGUGGUACAAGUUGUGCUGAGAAGGAGUUCCAGGUGUUGUCAGUGUGAUAAGUACAGGGUCAUGGAGUGGUUAAGGGAGCUGAACUGCGAAGUUAUGGGGUAAAUGUGAAUUACAGGGUAUGAGAUUGGUAUCAAUACUGUGAAAGUGUAGUUUAGAAUAGGAAAGAUAUCAUUGUGGCGAAUGAGAUGAGCUGAUGUUGAUGUCUUGGGAGUUUUUAGUUCUGACAUUGUAGCUGAGCUGUAGAGUUUGAUUUGUAGCAGUGAUGUUUGAUAGAAGUAAUAGUGUUGAAUAGAGUUCAACUGAAGUAGUCUACGAAGUGACUGUAACUGAUGAAUUGUGUGUAGGAAGAGUAUGGCUUAGCACUACAUCUUAGCCGUUCUCUUUAUUAUGCAAUCUGUGUCGUUGAUGAAGAUUUGAAGGACUAAAACGUCUUUUUAGCUAGGAA